UUGAGGAUUUUGUAUCAUAAAUGCUUGUCGUGUUUAUGUUUUUUUGUUUUUAAUUUCUCUCCAUAAAUAUUUCGACAUAUGUUUAUUUGCUUGAAGUGUCAUCCAUUAUCGUUUUCAUGAUCGAAUCAACUCGGAAAGAGCGGAAUCGAUCCGAUUCCAUCCCUGAGAGAAGAGCCGUUCAUGGAGUUCCUCAACCGAGUGAUGGAACCAAAGGAGAUACGGAACCUGGAAGGCCACACUGAUAGGGUUUGGGGGCUGGCGUGGAAUCCCGCGACGGGAGCUGCUGGCAUAAGGCGGUCAGAAUCUAGCAGCAGAAUCUCUCUGCCAUGAAAUCAGAUAAAUGGGAAUGCAAGGUUCAAAUAUGCCCUGUACGCCGCAAGCAAUUGAUGUUCUGAGGAAGGCUAAAGUUUUGAUUGUUCCAGAAAGGGCUGCCAGCGCCGGAGGGGUAUGAAUAUUUUUGGACAGUUAAAAAUGAAAAAUAUCCUAUGGGCCUUUUUCAACAAACCGUUAGCCUUUUGUUUAAUGGGCCUUAAGUCCUAAGUAAAUAUGUUGGAAAGACUGAAAAGAAUGUAAGGGACCUGUUUGCUGAUGCUGAGAAUGACCAACGGACUCCGGGUGAUCAAAGUGAUCUGCAUGUUAUCAUUUUUGAUGAAAUUUAUGCUAUUUGCAAGGAUGUUGUUUGAAUUGCUUGUCCUAACAGGUGCACAAGGUGGGAUGGAUUGGACUUCUAUCUUGGGAAAAUGCCAUGAUUUCAGGGCUGCUUUGGCCGGGUUUGAUGCAGAAAUCGUCGCCAACUUUACAGAAAGACAAAUAGUAUCAGUGGCCAUAGAUUGCAACCUGGAUUUAAACAAGGUUCGAGUCGUCAUCAACAAUGCUAAUAGAAUCCUCCAGGUCAAAUUGUUGAUUGGACCUGAUUUUAUUUAAAUAAUCUUGAUAAUCCAUUUUAUUUAAAUGAACAGACCUAGAUGUGCGUCGGAGCUAUCCGGAUGUUGAGCGGGGGUCCCUGGAAGGUGGGAACCGCUGUUAUGACCAUGAUGAAGCUGUCCAUUUCCUAUAGACAGCAUUGGAGUGGCCUGGCCAUUUAGAUAGGCCGUGUUUAUGUAUUAGCUCAAAUUUGUUGGAGCAGACCCGGAUGUGUGUCAGAGUCAUCCGGAUGUUGAGCGGGGGUCCCUGGAAGGUGGGAACCGCUGUUAUGACCAUGAUGAAGCUGUCCAUUUCCUAUGGACAACAUUGGAGUGGCCUGACCAUUUGGACGGGCCGUGUUUAUAUCUGUAUUUGCUCGAAAUUGAUGGAGCAGACCUGGAUAUGUGUCAGAGCUAUCCGGAUGUUGAGCGGGGGUCCCUAGAACGUGGGAAUCGCUAUUAUGACCAUGAUGAAGCUGUCCAUUUUCUAUGGACAACAUUGGAGUGGCCUGACCAUUUGGACAGGCCGUGUUUAUAUUUGUAUUUGCAGGGACUACACCCUUAACCUAUAACCUAAACUUAUUCUCAAAUCUCAAAACCUAUA